CACAGGCGCACGCCGAUCGAUUCCAGCAAUUUAGAAUUGUAUUGUAUUACAUCAAAGAAGACGUUGAUCACUGGCUCGAAAGUACAAUAGUAGUAUCAUUAAUAUAUACAAGAGUUGAGGGCGCACACUAUACACAAGACAAAGUAAAAAACAUGGGUGAUGCCUCUUACAAUACGGGUUUACCAUUGGUUAGAAGGAGAGAAAACACCGGUGAUGUAUAUUUGGACGCAAAUACUGUUUUGGAAUUGUUUAGACAAAUGGUAACACAAUACGCACGUCCACCCUCCCGAGAAUUCCAGAAAUAUAACAAACACUGCGGUGUGAUUAAAACGGAUGGUGUUUUUGAUAUCUUGCGACGAGCGCAACAAUCAACUGGCGGGCUGUCGGAUGAAGACAGGAGAUGUUUUCAAUAUGCCAUUACGUUAAUAGAGAAAAUCAUAGAACGGGCAGGUGCUGCGGUAUGGAAGGAUGCCAGGCUUACCAUACGUGGUGCAUGGAUAGAUGUCACAUUAUGGUCUGGGUCAGAGACCAAUAAGUUUGAAAUACGACUUGACGGGUAUGACAACCCCUACGACAAGCAAAUUGAAUCUGGUUUACGACUAAAGUUCUGGAAUGCAAUCCACACUAUUAAAGAGAAGGCAUCGAAUCUGUGGUCAUUUGUUGGAAGAGUAGCAUCCGCAAUUCACCCGGCAAUUGGCUGGCAUUAAAUUGAUAACCUUGCAGUACAGUUUACAGUACUGUGUGUGAUAUAUAUCGCGCCUUCUAGUGACGAGUUAAUUCUAUGACCUGAACACAAACGCUGUUCAAAGCGUCAAUAUCACUUAGUUCUGUAGACGUCUAGAAAGUUAUACUUUUAAAAUUUGUUUUCUUAAUUUUAGAUGACAAACGACUACACAGCAAAACACCUAUUCCGAUAAACGACAUUG